CGCAGCAAGCGAGCUGCAUUUGUUAAAACUGUUUGAAUAAUAACGUUCGGUGGCAAUAAACGACGCUGUUUCGAGGUUGUAUAGACCUCUAGGGGUCGAUAUAGACCACUUUGGGAAUCAAUGCUCCAAACCUUCCAUGACGACAAACCAAAAUUAGCAGCAACUUUUCUAGUACUUGUAGUGGGAUCAUCUUCAAACGCUUGGAGGAUUAGAUCUUCCGCUUCGGGAGGAUAUCGACCUGGAUUAACACCAGGUUCAUUACGUGUUACACUUCCAGUCUCGUAAAGACGUCGUUGCAGAAUGCAAGGAAAAGUGGCGCAAUGUGAGAAACGGCUUCGUUAAAAGUCUGAAAAUGCUCCCUAGUGGCUCAGCAGCGAAAUCCAGGAAGCCGUAUUACUUACACGAUGAGAUGCAAUUUGUGAUUCCAUUCGUUAAACCAACCAACAAUGAGAAAGAACCUGGAAAUAUUCCUUCAUGCUAUAGUUCUCAAUCUACUGCCAAUAGCCCUAACGAAGUGGAUACUCGGAGUAUGCUAAUAAACGACGUGGAAACUCAACAUUCACCAACAAACGAAGAACGUUUAAAUGCAACACAGCCGCCUAAAAAGAAAGCCAGACAUUACAAUAAUGCUGUCAACAGUACUUUUGUGCAGUAUAUGGCAGCGAAAAAGAAACAUAUGGAGAAAUCUAUGCAAAGGGCUAACACAGAUAACCCUCGCAGAAUGUUUUUGUUGAGUUUACUUCCAGACAUCGAGAACUUGAGUAAUGAUAAUAUGAGAUUGCUGAAAAUUGAAAUGAUGUCGCUCAUCCAGAAAUAUCACAUAGCUGAGCGUAAUCAACAAUCACCUGCAACUGCCACAUAUGCUCAAGUUCAAGCCCGAAGUAGCUCAGACAUUUACCAGCAGCCUAAUCAACAACCAAACUCUCCAGUCUCUUCAGCUAUGAGUCCUAAUCAGUAGGGUGAGCAAUUAGUGGGCUCACCUCGUUAUGGUAGCACUAGUAGAGAGAUGAAUGUCCAUCAAGCAAUGUUCUGAUGAAUAUAAUAAAUAACUUCUAAUUUUUAAACUUUAGAUGCAUAUGUGCACAACAUGAAUAAUUAAGAAUAAAUAAAUUACUUACCG